AUGAAUCCAACUUCAAAAACGCAACUCCAAUAUUUUAAACAUUCGAUGUCAUAUAAAAACAACAAAACGACUUCUCUCCCAGACGAAGACCACUUGAGUUUGAUAGAGGCAAUUGGCAAAAACGAAAAUUUCGACUAUGUAGACGCGAUUUCGUUAUGUGAAGAAAUAUUGUUGCUUAACCCAGAAAACCCCGAAACGCUGAGCUGUUUAUUAAACUCAAAGUACUUUGCCAACAAAACAAGAACUGAAGUUGACAAAACGAUAGAAUCCCUCAAAGAAAUUGCUCGAAAGAAUCCCAACAAUUUUUACUGUUGUGUGUUUUGUGCCAACAUUUUAGAAGAAGAGGGAAGGGUUGAGGAGGCAAUAACAUAUUAUAAAAGAAUUAGUAAUUUACCAGAGGGAUAUUGUAAUGGCACAAUAACUUACAGACUAUUUCUUAAUUACCUCAAAACGAAAAAAUAUAGCGAAGCAUUGAACUUGGUGAAUUUAUUGGACUCUAAUAUAGUCAGUACAGAAGCUUUCUUUUUUGUUAAUGCAGUUGCUGCAAGUUUAGAAAAGAACUAUAACAGAGCAAUUAAUUUACUUCACCUUUAUAUAAAAACUAUUACACCAGAAAAGUUAUUUGAAAAGUCGGACAUUUUAUUAUUUUUAGCCAAACGAUAUUAUUUCAAUCAACAAUACGAAGAGGCAUUAAUGACGUUGGAACAAAACGAUUUUGAAAUCUUCAAUAAAGUUGAACUUUUGGAAUUCAAAGCUGAAGUGUAUGAAAAGACGAAUAAUUUUGAAAGUGCACUUGCAAUAUAUAGAACACUCAUUAUAAAAUGUCCUAAUCGCCUUUCUUAUUAUUUAAAAUCUUCAAAUUUGUGUAAAAGUGUUAACGAUUUUGUUUCGUUUUGUUCAGAAUUUUCUAAUCGCCCAACAGACACGGCAACAGUGGCUGUUAUGAUGACACUUCCAAAUAACAAGUUGUUCAAAGAAAAACUCAAAGAAAGUGUUUUUGCAUUAAUAGAAAGGAAAGUGUUCAUAGUGGACAAAUUGCUCUCUCAUGUUUUCAAAGCGCCUUCUUUUGAAUUUGAACAAAAGAAAACCACAUUGAAUAUUGUUUUAUACGAGUUACAAAACGAGUUACAAAACUCUGAUUUACUUUAUUUGAAUCUACUAAAUGCAAGAGUUUUCCUUUCUCAAAACAACUUAAUUGAAGCUUCCAAAAUAUUAGUCGACCUUAAAACAGAUGAUGCUGACCAAAACGUUGAUAUUCUCUUUGUCAAAGCCAAGCUAUUAAAACUAGAAAAGAACUAUAAAGAAGUAUUAAACACAUACAAAUUAUUAUUAGAGCAAGAUCCUACAGAUUGUUAUGUUCAAACGAAAUUAGCAAAGUAUUGUUUCAGGUGUGGAUAUCCAUUGAGGGGCUAUAAAGUGUUAUACCCAACCAUCACAUACAAAACAAAUGAAAAGGUGGUCGAUGAAUUAUCAAUAGAAGAGACUGUUAGUUUCUUGUACCAAUACGCCGAAUACCUUUUUGAAAACGCGUAUUACACAUAUGCUAAAAAGGUUUGUCUAAAGGUUCUUUCAACAGAAAACACCAAAGCAAUGAAGUUGUUUACUUACAUAUCUAAUGCAACCUCAUUGCCUUGUAUAUCAUCUUUCUAUCAAAUGUUUAACGACUCUUCGUUACUGGAACAGACAAACUGUUUAUCAAAAGCUCGCAAACUCGCAUUAAAAAUAGAUCUUUUGAAUUGA